CCGAGGGGUUAGGGGUCAGGGAUAGCGCAGAAUCUGCUGCACGUCGCGGUUGCUCAGCCCUGGGCCGAUGGCGCCAGCGCAGCGUUGCCCGCUCUGCCGUCAGACCUUCUUCUGUGGUCGCGGACACGUCUACAGUCGCAAGCACCAGCGGCAGUUGAAGAUGGCUUUGGAUCGGCUCCUGCUACAGGUGGAGGCCGCCCGCAAGGCCAUUCGCACAGCUCAGGUAGAGCGUUACGUGCCCGAGCACGAGCGGUGCUGCUGGUGUCUGUGCUGCAGCUGUGAGGUGCGGAAACACCUGAGCCAUGGAAAUCUGACCGUGCUGCACGGGGGGCUGCUGGAGCAUCUAGCGAGCCCAGAGCACAAGAAAGCAACCAACAGAUUCUGGUGGGAGAACAAGGCUGAGGUACAUAUGAAGGAGAAGUUUCUCAUCUCUCCUCAAGAUUAUGCACGAUUCAAGAAAUCCAUGGUGAAAGGCUUGGAUUCCUAUGAGGAAAAAGAGGAUGAAGUGAUCAAAGAGAUGGCAGCUCAGAUCCGUGAGGUGGAGCACAGCCGGCAGGAGGUGGUUCGGUCUGUCUUAGAGCCUCAGGCAGUGCCAGACCCAGAAGAGGGAUCUUCAGCACCUGGAAGCUGGAAAGGGACAAACAGCCAAAUAGCCUCCACUUCACGGCAGCCCUCAUACUUGGACCUGCCAUCUGCCACAGAGCUUGAUUGGAUGGACACAGGACAACCUCUGACAUUCACUGGCCAUCAGGAUACAGCAGGAGUUGGUAACAUCCACUCAGGUGCCACACCUCCCUGGAUGGUUCAAGAUGAGGAAUACAGCUCUGGGAAUCAACAAAUAGGACCUUCCUAUGAAGAAUUUCUUAAAGAAAAGGAAAAACAGAAAUUGAAGAAACUCCCUCCAGACAGAGUUGGGGCCAACUUUGAUCAUAGCUCCAGCACCAGUGCAGGCUGGCUGCCCUCUUUUGGCCGUGUCUGGAAUAAUGGACGCCGCUGGCAAUCCAGGUAUGGGCCGCCCAAGUGCCAGGUCCCCAACGCCACCCCUUUGGAGAUCUCGCCCUUCAUCCUGUUAAUCCUUCAUUUCUCUUCAGGCAUCAAUUCAAAACUGAAGCUGCAGCAAGGAACAAACAGCAGUCACAUAAAGAAAAAAAGCUAAUGGUUUCCUGAUACUUUUCCACCACCGCGAGUCAACAAACCCAU